GGCAGCGCCAAGAGGAGGAGGAAAGGUGGGACACAGAAAGAUAGAAGAGACUCCCAGAGGGAAGAAGAGGAUAAAAAGAUGCUGAUUUCUCUCCUUAAAAGCUUUGUACCUCCUGUCUCCUGCAGCCCCCUGGGCCAGCGUCAUGAUUCCAUCCUCUUUCGUCAACUGUUAUGUCCAGAUCCCUACUGUGAGGUGUGUAAUGAUGUAACUGCUGAGAUGGAUCAGCUGCUGUCUUCAUUGGUCCUGGAAGAUGCUAUUCUCUCUGUGUCCCCUUUGGCUUCUGCAGCUCCUGUGACUGAGCCAUCAUUCACUCAGUCCCCUGCCUUCUCAGCAGUCCCUCUAGGAGGCCUAAUACCACUUCACCUGCCUGAGCCUUUCCAACCACCCCCCUCCAAUCUCUCCCCUAACACAGUGACCCCCUUAAGUCAUUUUCCAUUACCAUCAUCACAGAUUCACUCUAUUCCAGCAGACAAUUUAUCUCUCUUGACAUCUGAAUUUCCAGUCCAUACCAUACACCAUGUCCCACCACAUGGUACUAAGACUAUGGAUGCUGCUGUUCAAUCAGACGCCUCUCUGACCCUGAAUACCAUCUUCGUUGACUCCUCCAUUACCCAAGAUAUCAACCCCUUCCCAGAUUUGGCCCAGAAAGGUAAUUCCACAGAAUCUGUUACUUUUCAUCAUGUACAACCAACCUUGUCUGUUUCACCACCACCACCACACUACAGUUUAACUUUGACUCACCCUAAACCCAUUCACAUCUCAUCCAAGCCUGCUCUGGAGAACUCAUCUCCAGAUAGCACUGGAGCAUUGGCCACUUAUGUCCCUCAAGGCACUGACCAUCCAAGUCUGUCGAUUUCAGACUUUUCCUCUCAGAAAGCUCGUGUCAGAGACUUGUUGCCAUCCCCCUUGACACACAAUUUCUAUCAAGUUCAGGAUGUGGGGUAUGACUCUGAGAAAGACCUAAAUACCUACAUAAUGAGUCUAUCAGGAGCAAAUUCCAUGAUGUCAGGGCAGAAUGUAAUGCAGGGAGAACAAGAAAAUGCCCGGAAGAUACAUUUGAGGAAGAAGUCAAAGGAAAUCAGUGAGGGUCAGCUUUCUGUGACUAUGCAUAGUCCAUGGCAUGCUAUCCAACAGACACUUUCUGUGAAAUCCCAUGUGGAAAUAAAACGGAGAAGUUUGGCACCACCAGUGGGUAGGGAAUACUGCCUGAACACAUGCCGGGAGCUUUACUUCCUUGAGUCCGGUUCCCGGCAGAUUCUGGAAGCCCACAUUACCAAGUUUCAUUUGAGGAUGAUGGUGUGUGGCCUUCCUGCCAAAGUUCUUGAAUCUAUUAAAAUCUUUAAAUUGAAAGAUUCUUCCUCCCAUCUCCUGUAUGAUUCCAAAUCCUUCUCGACCAACCUGAUUUCUGAAGUGGUCUCCAAACCAGGAGGCUUCAUGUCCCUUCAAGGAAGCUCUAAAACCCUGAAUCAUUGUAGCUCUGCUACCUCACUUGUGGGCAAGGAAGGACAGGGGAUCCUGAGACAAGCACCCUCUGAAAUCUCCCAUGGGCUGUCAGACCAUGUUCAGAGAAUUCUGGAUGCUCGACCUACUCCUCUGCCUAUGACAAACAUCAUUGGCAAAGCAAGUCAAGAACAUUCUCCAAGAGCCAACAUUCUCUCCUUAAAGCUGCCCAUAAGACAAUCCUGGGCUGAACAUGAGCUAAAGGAUCAGAGUGCAAAUUCCAGUAACAUCAAAGAGAUGAAGAAAUCAGAACCUGUCUCCAUGCUCAAUGUGUCUAGGGCUGAGGAGCUCAAUGCCCUUCAAUACAAAAUGAGUGACAUCUUGACAACCAGCAAGCUGGAAGUCGCCCAAAGGAUAAAUGUGAGUGAGAGUAAAGGAGUAAUGAUUGUGAAAACUGAAAACCUCCCAGCAAAAACAUCAGUUCGCCAAGAUCCUAACUCAGCAGAUGCUAAGAACCAACUAAUUGCCGAGUUAAAGAAGUUAGGGAAGAUGAAGCAUAGUCAGGCCCAAGGCCAGCCCACUCCUGUGUCCCAUGCCUCAGACAGCUUGACUUACAAAGCCUCCCUGAUUCAUGCUCAGGGUGCCUCCAGUGUGGACAGGGCAGCUCCCCAGUUGCUGCAUGUCCAUUUGGUGAACAGAGGAGUCAGUAUGGAGCAGCCACAGGAACUGUGGGUCCCUAAGAAGAUCUCAAGGUUGUGCCAGGAUAAGAAUUUCCCACCAGCUACAAAGAAAGUGAGGCCCACAGGGUCCAAACCAGAGGAGCUUGCUAGAGGGAAUGUUGGGUUGGGCACAUCCCAACCUGGAAGGAAGAGAUUUCCUACUUUGAACCUGCCAUUAAAGGAGAGGCUUGGGGCCAAGUAUCCGAAGACCCCAUCACAGAAGGUACAACCUCCUCCAGAAAGCCUGUUCAGAAAACAAAUGAACCAGUUUUUUCAAUGGCUUUAUUUUUGGAAAAAAUGCAAACAGCAAAAAUACUCUCAGGAAAAGGGCAACAAUGUAUCAUCUACACAGAGUCAAGGCCCAGUUGAAAGUAGAGCAGACACUGGGAAUUUUCUAGAGGAGAAACUGGGGCACCGGCAUGCAGUACAUAUCACCUGCCCUCAAGAGCCCCUUCCCUCUGCAAUGAAGUUUGCAAAAGCUCUGCAGAUUGCAGCAGUGUGGGCCUGGGCAGAGCCUGUCCAGGGGCAUCCUUUUCACUCCAGGGCUAGCUCCUGUAAAGUGACAAAUACCAAGACCUUCCACCAAGCUGCCUUCAGUGACAAGGACAGACACCCCCAGAAAUUUGUGGCAUUUAAGGACCAGCUAUUAGAUCAGAAGCAACUCCAAUCUGUGUCCUGCAGCGAGAGUGUGCCCCAUCCAAGCCCCACCUGCAGGCCUCCAGCUGCCCAGUGGGCUCCUGCUGCUCUCACCACUGCUAUAACCACAGUGUUCAGAGAUCCGUUUCUACUAUUAAGACAGAAAAGGAUUCUGGAUAUUUUCCAGGGAAAAGACUUUCCCACCACAAAAUAA